AGAGUACUGCUCUGUAUAUCCUACCACCCCAACCUGGAACCUCGAUCUCGAACCACGGACUUCUGCCAUCUUCCUUUCCCGGACGAGUGUGUGGCUACUGAACAGGACCCCCUACGACCUUUAUUGGUCGGCCCAGACAGAAGAAGAAACGAACUCGGUGUAUCAUGGCUCAACGAACAAGCUCGCAGAAGCUACCUCUCGGUCUUGCGGGCGUGCUCAACGCACCCGAAGACAAUCGAGACUCGGCUUAUUACUCUGCGACGGAUGCCUCAAGCAAGCACACGUCGGCAGCAUCAGGCGUCGGUGUCUUCACCCCCAACGGCUCCAACUUCCAGCCGUCUCCGAUCGACAAGACGUCCCCGUCCCCCACGAACACAUCGAACCUUCAGCCCCCGCAAUCGCAUCUUUCGUCCGUAAACAGCAACAUGAGCGUUGCCUCCAUGGUUUCCCCCACAACACCGGGUAGCGCAGACCCCAAACGCUUCGACCGGCCUCAGUCCUACGAAUCAGGGCCCAAUGGCGCCCCCUUGACACUCAAUAGUGACUUGGAGGCCAUGUCUAGGAGAGGAAGUUGGGACAGCAGACAUUCCCUAAAUCAGGGAUUUAACGACAUGCGGCUCGGAAACUCGCCAUACGCGAGCCAGAACCAGUCGACGACAUCAAUUCAUCAGACUCUACAGCAGCAGCGUAAUCCGCGGUCGGACAUGAACGCUCUUACCAAUCACCGCAUCUCAAAUGGCUACCAGCCAAGCGCUGACCGGAAUCCAGAUGGGCAAAGCAGGACGAGGGUGGCGCCCACCAUUACUGGGCCGGCAACGAGUCAGAUUGCUCGGGCUGCUGAGCCUACUAAGGGCCAGGCGUGGGCUUUCCCAGAGGAGGAGAUACAGCGCGUCACUUCCUCCAGUCAGUCUCUGAUCGACUCUAGGAGGAGCAGCAUUGCUGAGUCGCUGGCGAGCAGCCACUUCACCAUGGACAGUAGGCUGCCAUCAGGACAAAGACGUCUUGAUGACAACUACCCCCAUAGGCUCUCUAGUGUAUCUGCGGAUUUUGCGAAUCCGACCGUGCACCACCACCAUCACCACAGCCUUCAACACAGAGCAAUUAGUGAUCUGCAAAACGAGGAGGGCGGCUCGCAUGCUGGCUCUCAGCCGUACAGCAGGACACCCGAGUUGCGUGUUAGUCACAAGCUGGCGGAGCGCAAGCGGCGUACCGAGAUGAAGGAGCUAUUCGAACAAUUGAGGGAUUUGAUGCCUCAGGAGCGUGGCUCCAAGGCAUCAAAGUGGGAAAUUCUCACAAAGGCCAUUUCCGAACAUCAACGCAUGAGCAACCACAUACAGGUGUUGACGUCGACGCUCCACAACAAAGAUCGCGAGAUUGAACAUUUGAGACACGAGCUCCAGCGAGCCCAGAUGGAGGCCAAUAGCUUGAGACGGUCACAACCCACUCCUAUGGGCGAAACCUACGGUUUUGAGAACAGGAGGUCCCAACAGGAAUUGCCACCACUACGUACUACCCUUCAAGCUGCCGCAGCUGCCCCAGCACCAGGACUUGACGCCAUGACCGGAGUCCAGUAUGAGGCACCUCGAGUGAACGGUUUCCGCCCUCCCGAGCCGAACAGAUUCUAG